UCGGAGGCUCUGCAUGCCCAAAGAGGUGGUGGCUCGGCCGAUGACAGCAUUAGGCCGCGACGCGUUCCCGGCCGGGCGGUGGUGGUAGCGGCAGCCCGAGCGGCUGCAGCGUUAGCUUUCGCCGGGGCGGUAGCCGCCGCCGGUAGCCCGCAGACGGAGGGAAAGUGGGGGCCCGCCCUGGCUGGUAGACCGCAGGGCCGGAGUUCCCGCCCUCCUAGCGGGCCGAACGCGCAGUGCCUCCGUGGCGGCCAGGCAGCGCUCUUGGUCUGGGCUUGCGCCCCAGCUGCCGCUGGCGACAGCGGCCGAGAGAAGUUGGGGUCCGAUUGGACGCGUGCAGGGCCCCAGAGGAACCGGCCGCCUGCGCCCCGCCUCUCCGGGGGCUCCACACCGGAUUUACAGGAUGACUAAAUAUUAAUGGAAAGAGAAGUGUAAACCUAUCUUCUUUCACUAUGGAGGCUGGUUUGGCAGAUGGAGAACCCGACCGAACUUUGCUUCUUGGUGAUAGCAAAGAUGUCCUUGGGCCAUCAACUGUGGUAGCAAACAGUGACGAUACUCAACACCUGACACCAGGAAAGAUGAGUCAGCGCCAAGGGAAAGAAGCUUUUCCAACGCCAACCAAAGAUUUGUAUCAGCCAUCUUUUAGUCCAGCAAGUCCUCAUAGCCAGGGUUUUGAAAGAGGAAAGGAAGACAUUUCUCAACACAGAGAUGAAUCUUCCCUUUCUAUGUCAAAGAGCAAGUCUGAAUCCAAACUUUAUAAUGGCUCGGAGAAGGAUAGUUCAGCUUCAAGCAAGCUUACAAAAAAAGAAUCUCUCAAGGUACAAAAGAAAAAUUACCGAGAAGAAAAGAAAAGAGCCACAAAGGAGUUACUCAGUACAAUCACAGAUCCCUCUGUUAUUGUUAUGGCUGAUUGGUUGAAGAUUCGUGGUACUCUAAAGAGCUGGACCAAAUUGUGGUGUGUGUUGAAACCUGGUGUGCUACUGAUCUAUAAAACCCAAAAAAAUGGUCAGUGGGUAGGAACAGUCCUUCUGAAUGCCUGUGAGAUCAUUGAGCGUCCAUCAAAAAAGGAUGGCUUUUGUUUUAAACUUUUCCAUCCUUUGGAGCAGUCCAUUUGGGCAGUGAAGGGUCCAAAAGGUGAAGCAGUUGGAUCCAUAACUCAGCCCUUACCUAGCAGUUAUUUGAUCAUCCGAGCUACUUCAGAGUCAGAUGGAAGGUGCUGGAUGGAUGCUUUGGAGUUGGCUUUGAAAUGUUCUAGUCUUCUUAAACGUACAAUGAUCAGGGAAGGAAAGGAACAUGACCUGAGCAUCUCAUCAGAGAGCACACAUGUGACUUUGUAUGGCUUAUUACGUGCUAACAGUCUCCACAGUGGUGAUAACUUCCAGUUAAAUGAUAGUGAAAUUGAACGACAGCAUUUUAAGGACCAAGAUAUGUAUUCUGAUAAAUCUGAUAAAGAAAAUGAUCAAGAACAUGAUGAGUCUGACAAUGAGGUGAUGGGGAAGAGUGAAGAAAGUGACACAGAUACAUCAGAAAGGCAAGAUGACUCAUACAUUGAACCUGAGCCGGUUGAGCCUUUAAAGGAGACUACCUACACUGAACAGAGCCAUGAAGAACUCGGAGAGGCAGGUGAGGCUUCUCAAACAGAAACUGUGUCAGAAGAAAACAAAAGCCUUAUCUGGACACUACUGAAACAAGUCCGUCCUGGCAUGGACCUAUCCAGGGUGGUUCUGCCUACAUUUAUUUUGGAACCCCGUUCUUUCCUGGAUAAACUUUCAGAUUACUACUAUCAUGCAGAUUUCCUAUCUGAGGCUGCUCUUGAAGAAAAUCCUUAUUUCCGUUUGAAGAAAGUAGUAAAAUGGUAUUUGUCAGGAUUCUAUAAAAAGCCAAAGGGACUGAAGAAACCUUAUAAUCCUAUACUUGGUGAGACUUUCCGUUGUUUGUGGAUUCAUCCCAGAACAAACAGCAAAACUUUUUAUAUUGCUGAACAGGUGUCCCAUCAUCCACCAAUAUCUGCCUUUUAUGUUAGUAACCGAAAAGAUGGAUUUUGCCUUAGUGGUAGUAUCCUGGCUAAGUCCAAGUUCUAUGGAAACUCAUUAUCUGCGAUAUUAGAAGGAGAAGCACGGUUAACUUUCUUGAAUAGAGGCGAAGAUUAUGUAAUGACAAUGCCAUAUGCUCAUUGUAAAGGAAUUCUUUAUGGCACAAUGACACUGGAGCUUGGUGGAACAGUCAAUAUUACAUGUCAAAAAACUGGAUACAGUGCAAUACUUGAAUUCAAACUAAAGCCAUUUCUAGGUAGUAGUGACUGUGUUAAUCAAAUAUCAGGGAAACUAAAAUUGGGAAAAGAAGUCCUAGCUACUUUGGAAGGACAUUGGGAUAGUGAAGUUUUUAUUACUGACAAAAAGACUGAUAAUUCAGAGGUUUUCUGGAAUCCAACACCAGACAUUAAGCAGUGGAGAUUAAUAAGGCACACUGUAAAAUUUGAAGAGCAAGAAGAUUUUGAAUCAGAGAAACUCUGGCAGCGGGUAACUCGAGCCAUAAAUGCCAAAGACCAAACAGAAGCUACUCAAGAAAAGUAUGUUUUAGAAGAAGCUCAAAGACAAGCUGCCAGAGAUCGGAAAACAAAAAAUGAAGAGUGGACUUGCAAGUUAUUUGAACUUGACUCACUCACAGGAGAAUGGCAUUACAAGUUUGCAGAUACUCGACCUUGGGAUCCACUUAACGAUAUGAUACAGUAUGAAAAAGAUGGUGUUAUCCAGACCAAAGUGAAACAUCGCACUCCAAUGGUUAGUGUCCCAAAAAUGAAACAUAAGCCAACCAGGCAACAGAAGAAAGUGGCAAAAGGCUAUUCCUCCCCAGAACCUGAUAUCCAGGACUCAUCUGGAAGUGAAGCUCAAUCAGUAAAACCAAGUGCAAGAAGAAAGAAAGGGAUAGAACUGGGAGACAUUCAAACUUCCAUUGAAUCUAUAAAACAAACACAGGAAGAAAUUAAAAGAAAUAUUAUGGCUCUUCGAAAUCAUUUAAUUUCAAGCACACCUGCCACGGAUUAUUUUCUGCAACAAAAAGACUACUUCAUCAUUUUUCUCCUGAUUUUGCUUCAAGUUAUAAUAAACUUCAUGUUUAAGUAGAAGUUCUUUACCGUUGAAUCAAUGAACUGGAAUGAUCAUAUUUGGCCUGGGACCAAUGUUGAAGUUGCUUUGGUCUUUAUUAAAACAUCACAAUAUUUCUAAAACAGAAAACCUUAGAAAUAUAUUAGAACUGUUGACUUUUCCUACCUUCUAUCCUUAACCCUGAAAUAAGAGCUAUUCUAUUUGGUUAUUAAAGUGAACUAUGUGUUAAGUGCCAGAACAUUUCUAGCUUUUGUGAGACUGUGUCUACAUGUG